UCCCAUUCAUUCGUUUUUUUUUUUUUUUCCUUCUCCAUUCACCGUAGUAGUGAGGCCUAGUCACGAGCGAUGGAGUGCGCUCUCCCGGCGGCCGGCUUCCUGUACUGGGUGGGCGCGAGCACCAUUGCCUACCUGGCCCUGCGAGCUUCGUACUCGCUCUUCAGGGCCUUUCAGGUGUGGUGCGUGGGCAACGAGGCCUCGGUCGGCCCGCAGCUCGGAGAAUGGGCAGUUGUUACAGGUGGCACUGAUGGAAUUGGAAAAGCAUAUGCAGAAGAGUUAGCAAAGCGUGGAAUGAAGAUUGUCCUGAUCAGCAGGUCCCAGGAUAAACUGAAUCAGGUUUCCAACAACAUCAAAGAAAAAUUCAACGUUGAAACAAGGACCAUUGCUGUCGACUUUUCAUUGGAUGGUAUUUAUGAUAAAAUUAAGACAGGCCUGUCUGGUCUUGAGAUUGGUGUUUUAGUGAACAACGUGGGCAUGUCAUAUGAGUAUCCGGAAUACUUUUUGGACAUUCCCGACUUGGACAACACCAUCAAGAAACUGCUAAAUAUUAAUGUGCUUUCCGUUUGCAAGGUGACACACUUGGUGCUGCCUGGCAUGGUAGAAAGAUCUAAAGGGGUGAUUCUCAACAUCUCCUCGGCCAGUGGCAUGCUCCCGGUUCCACUGUUGACAGUAUACUCUGCAACCAAGGCCUUUGUAGAUUUCUUCUCUCAGUGCCUCCAUGAGGAGUAUAAGAGCAAGGGCAUCUUUGUGCAGAGUGUUCUGCCAUACCUUGUAGCUACAAAACUGGCAAAAAUACGGAAGCCGACUUUGGAUAAGCCCUCUGCCGAGACAUUUGUGAAGUCUGCAAUUAAAACAGUAGGUUUGCAGACCCGAACCACUGGAUAUGUGAUCCACGCUCUCAUGGGCUCAAUAAACUCAAUCUUGCCUCGUUGGAUGUAUUUUAAAAUAGUCAUGGGUUUCAACAAGUCUUUGCGGAGUCGCUACCUGAAGAAAAGCAAGAAGAACUAAGUUCUACUGAGUCAUUGAGCCCCUUGGCCAGAUGCUUGACCUGUCCUGCACACCAGGCACCUGCCGUCCCCAGAGUCUCCACUGUCGUCUCAGUAAUUACUAACAUGGCAUAGUUGGCGGAAAACAAAUUCCUUUUAGAGGCUCCUAACAUAUAUUCUGGAUACAACCAGGAGUAAUUUGAAGUUUAAUGUAAAUGUUCUUGGCAAAUGUAUGUAGAACACUUUAACAGAAAGGAACAAAUCCCAGAAUGACAGCGGUAGACACAGACCCAUCUGGCCCAGAAUGCCAAUGAUCACAUUAUAUUUGGUCUGGUACCUACUAUAAAGUGUAAUGGCUAGCUACUUUUUUAUUUUAUCAUUAGAGGGAACAGGGCUUAGUUUGUUAAGGGCAGAUACAAUGCAGUUUACAUCGAUUUCUGUAAGCUUUUCUAAAUGUAUGUUCCAACUUAUGUAUUUAUAUGGAACUGGUCUUCUCAAAAGUAGCUAAGACAUAAAGAGAAUUGAAACAGAGUUCUUUCUAACACAAAGUCCACAAAAUGUUAUUCUUGGAACACACAUUAUGUCUGCUCUGUUCAAAUGUAUGUAAAUACUGAAUGCUAUAUAGUGUGCCUGGAAUGUAAAGGUAAAUGGGCCAAAGUAUACAUCAAGACCAACAACAUCCUGUGAUACCACAGGAUCCAGGAAAGCAGCCUGUGUGGACACACGUUCGUUAUGUCUGCACUGCACCCGGAUACUUGUCUAGGAUGGCAGACUCCUUCUGUGGUAGUGUGUGUUUGUGUGUGGUGGGGGUGGGGGGCGGUUAUCAUGGAAACAUGUUCUUUCUAAGAUGGUGUCUCAUAUUUAGAAUUCAUAUAUCUGCUUUUAAUAAAAAAUGAUGUAACUGUGGUGUUGAAA